GGCAGCCCCCCCGCGCCGGCGGCAGAGAAGGCCCCCUGCGGGCGCGGGAGGCCCCAGAGGCGGCGGCGGCGGGCACCAUGUCGGUGAGCGACAUGUUCAUCGCGCUGCAGGGCGUCCUCACCGCUGACCAGGACAUCCGCGAGGAGAUCCGGAAGGUGGUGCAGGCGCUGGAGCAGACGGCCCGGGAGAUCCUGACGCUGCUGCAGGGCGUGCACCAGGGAGCCGGCUUCCAGGACAUACCAAAGAAAUGUCAGAAGGCUCGUGAACACUUUGGUACAGUGAGAACACAGCUGGAAUCUCUGAAGACCAAGUUUCCUGCUGAUCAGUAUUACAGAUUUCAUGAGCACUGGAGGUUUGUGCUUCAGCGGUUGGUGUUUCUGGCAGCAUUUGUAGUCUACUUGGAGUCAGAAACGUUAGUGACCCGAGAAGCUGUUGCAGAAAUACUUGGGAUUGAAGCUGAUCGAGAGCGGGGCUUUCACCUGGACAUUGAAGACUAUCUUUCUGGUGUAUUAACUCUGGCCAGUGAGCUGGCCAGACUGGCAGUGAACAGCGUCACGGCUGGUGACUAUUCUCGCCCUCUCCGCAUCUCAACUUUUAUCAAUGAGCUGGAUUCUGGCUUCCGUCUCCUCAACCUGAAGAACGACUCCCUGAGGAAACGUUAUGAUGGCCUGAAAUACGACGUCAAGAAAAUUGAGGAAGUGGUUUAUGACCUGUCGAUCAGAGGACUCAAUAAGGAGGCAACAGUUGGUGCGGGUGGAGAGAAAUGAAAGAUGCUCAUUUUAACAGCAUCAUUGAUUACCUCAGAUGGUUGCCAAUUUAGGAAGCAUGCUAGCGAAGCCUUCCUACAGUAGUUUAGAAGAACUGCAGCUGAAAGCUGCUCUCUAUUUUCUUACAAAAGGUGUAGUACGGGUGUUAGAUCUCAAAAUGUUUUGUAAAAUCAUGUCUAGAUUAGGGCAGGAGGCUCUGUUUCCAGUGAAUUCCUCUGUCAAAACACAGUGCCAUUCUGUGCACAGCAGCAAUAGCAGUCAGUAACUCCCAUGAGCUGAAAUUCUCAUUAUUUCUGGUAGUGUUGCUUCACUGCUCUGGCAGUGAUGUGCUUCAGCUGUCUCUGUUCAUGCACCUUUAAAGAUGUGUUCACAGACGCAGCUCAGUGCAGAUACAUGUGAAGCUUUAGAAAACACAAUGUGUAAAUAUCUAUACAUUUUUUUUAAGACACUGAUUUUUUUUUGCCUUUUUGUUUCUUAAAUUAUCACCUAUGUCAGUAAGUUGAACAGAUUUGCGUAACUGUUUAUUAACCAGACCUUUUUAAAUGGCUUCUGUUAAUGUAUCCCCCUUAAUUGAGAAAUCAGUGAAAAUAUUCCUGAGAAUUUCUCCAUUGGAACUGGUGUAUUGCACCUGGGCACACCUCUCACUUUCUCUCUCUCUCCAUUUUUUUUUUAUUUUUUUUUUUUACACCCCCUUUCCUUUCCUCCAAGAUUUCUUUUGCCAGAGAGAGCAAGGUUUUCUCAAACAUCUGCUUUCACUGGCUGGUAUUUGUUUUACUGACAUGAGUAAAUGUUGAGUUUUAAUAUGAUCAUUUGCCUUGAGAACUCGGUGUAACCAAUUUUUUUUUUUUUUAACUACCAAGGUUUCCGAAUAGAGAAGUGUUAGCUGAUAAACAGCAGGUAGUGUCUAAGUUUUAGCAACCUAUAUAGGCCACAACUGUACCUCUGUCCUGGGUUUAAAAAAAAAAGACAGACACCAAAACUAUCAUUCAUGUAGAAAAAUGUUUGUAUCUUCAGAAAAGGGUAAAUUACUCAUUUCAGAUCCAUUGCAUGUAAGAUGCUUGCAAACACCAACAGCCUCUUUCAUUUGUGUAAAUGGACAGACUCGUACCUCCCAGUGUGUUUGUUCUCUUGUCCUAAAUGACUUUUGAGUUUUGCCAUUCUUCUCCUACUUCUGGUGGUGCAGGAGGGUUAAGGAGAAAAACUAACUUAGGAGGAGGAAUAUUUCCAGAGGAUGAAGACAAACAGUCAAGUUUACAUGGGGUUUGUUAGUGUUUCAUUUUGUUAGCAAAGAUUUCCCACCGUUUCAGUUACGGUUUUGUUUUGUUUAUUGGAAGAAAAUGGUUUCUUGGUUAUUUUGGCCAAUAAAAGCUGUUCUUUGAUUUUGGCCAUUUGGUAA